CGCCAACCGGAUUCCACCUCAAACAAGGCACGUUUCGUCGGUGCUCCUCCAGCGGAAUCUGUCGGCCCCCUCCUGCCGCCCGAUACGCCAAAUACAGUGUACGGGGAUUCGUACGCUACCGGCGAACGAUUCACCCUCUUCUCCUCACCAGCCGCUUUCUGGGCGGCCACAAUCUGUCUGGCGGUUGCAACCACCGUCCUAUUUGGCCUCAUCUGCACCUUUGUGAUUGUCGCCUUCCGCAAGCGAAAAACUCCCGCCCCGGUGGAUGGAGACAGCGAGGAGGGACACAACGUUGACAUGUACUCCAGGGUAGUGCCGUCAAAUUGUCUUUCACUGCACUCCACGUUGCCAGUCAGCUGCGAGUCCAAAGCACUUCGUAUGGCCUACCAGGGUGAGUAUCUUGAUGCACACAAGAUUGUUAAGACCCUCUCCUGGUACUUCUAA